AAGAAAUUCGACGAUAAAAUAAACAUCUAACUUGUUACAAAGUUUUCAGCUUGUUUUCUUUUACUGUUUUAAUUUUGAUUGACGAUUGACAAUGAGUAAAACGAAAAUAGAAAGCAGUUUGAAGGGUACAUUUGCUUGCCUUCCAAAAACGACUCGUGGACGUCCUAUCGUUAUCAAUGGUGAUCCAAAAGGAAAGAAUUUUCUCUAUACUAAUGGAUGUCAUGUCAUUAUUAGAGAUAUCGAAAACCCAGCUAUCUGUGAUGUGUACAGUGAACAUUCUAAAGAAGCAAAAAUAGCCAAGUAUGCACCUUCUGGAUUUUAUAUUGCUUCUGGAGAUAUAUCUGGUAAGGUUAGGAUUUGGGAUACUACUCAGAAAGAACAUAUGUUGAAAUAUGAGUAUGAGAUGUUGGGUGGAGCUAUUAAAGAUCUGGUCUGGUCACCUGAUAGUAAGAGAAUAGCUAUUUGUGGGGAGGGACGUAGCGAUUUUUCGAAAGUAUUUAUGUGGGAUACUGGUACUUCAGUUGGAAACUUGACCAAUCAUCAUAAAUCUGUAAAUUCUAUAGAUUUUAAACAAACUAGACCAUUUAGAAUUGCCACUGGAUCUGAAGAUUUUACUGUGGGUUAUUUCGAAGGCCCACCAUUUAAAGCAAAAAAUAAUAUGAAAGGACAUACUAACUUUGUACAGACUGUGAGAUUUUCUCCUGACGGUGAAAUUCUUGCCACAGGAGGUUCAGAUGGAGUUGUAUUACUGUUUAAUGGUAGCACCUCUGAACCUGUAGGAUCUUUAGGAGAAAAAGCACAUAAAGGAGGUGUAUAUGGUAUAUCCUAUAGUCCAGAUGGUAGACAAAUAUUAACUGUAUCAGGUGAUAAAACAGCUAAAAUCUGGGAUUUAGAGUCUCGAUCUGUAGUAAAUGAAUUUGUAAUGGGUGAUCAGAUAGAUGAUAUGCAAGUUGGGUGUUUAUGGCAGAAUAAUCAUAUUUUAACUGUAUCACUAUCUGGUUAUAUUAAUUAUUUAGAUGUUAAUAAUCCAAAUAAACCAUUAAGAAUAAUUAAGGGACAUUCUAAAUCUAUCAUGGCCUUAGCAGCAUCAAGUGAUAAAUCAACUAUUUUUACUGGAAGUUUUGAUGGUCAUAUCAAUUAUAUGGAUGCUGAAAGUUUUGUAGAUGAUGAGAUGCAAGGUAAAGGUCAUAGUAAUCAGGUAUCUGAUAUGAAGAUAGUCGAUGAUACAUUGGUUACUAUUGGAAUGGAUGAUACUAUUAGAUUCUCAUCUGCAUCUGAGAAAAAAUAUGGAUCAGCAGUUACUAAGUUAGAUUCCCAACCUAAAUCAGUUGAUUCCUGUGGUUCUAUAUCAAUUGUGGCCAGUAUUAGUCAUAUAACUGUAUUUGAUGGAGAGAAGAAAGUGUCCAGUACUAAAAUCAAUUAUGAAGCUUUAAGUGUUGCAAUUCAUCCCAAAUUAACAGAGGUUGCUGUUGGUGGUCUAAGUGACCACAAGUUACAUAUUUAUGAUUUAUCAAAUGGUUCGCUAAAUGAAAGAAUAAAACUGGAAGUUCAAGGGGGGAUAACUGAUAUGAAAUAUUCACCAGAUGGAGAAAUGUUGCUUUGUGCAAUGGAUGACAAAUGUGUAAAAUUAUUUCAAUUACCUAAUUACCCUAUUAUGAUAGAUAGUACAGGUCAUACAUCUCGUGUUACAUCAGUUGCAUGGCCACCAAAUAGUCAAUAUUUCGCUACUGCCAGUAUCGAUUCUCAUAUAUUCAUCUGGAAGGCAGAGGCCACAUUUCCUGUAAAAAAUACAUCAUUCAGAGCCCAUCCAAACAGUCAGAUAAACAGAGUGGAGUGGCUGGAUGAUCAUACUUUACUCUCUGUUGCCCAGGAUGCUUUAAUUAAAAAGUGGAAUAUAACAUAUUAGUAAUAUUUAGCUGAUUGUUUUGUUUUGAAUUAUUUUAAGAUUUUUAUUUUCAUCACUAUUCAACAAAUACUAAUAGAAACACAUUUGUUUGUAUUUAGGUAACCUAGUAUCUAAAAUCAUUAAAAAUCCUUAAAGCAAUGUCUUUCAAUACUAUGUGGUUAUUUUAUAGCAGUUCCCAUUAAAACAAAUCAAGUCAUUGUUAGAAUUUUUGCAAUUUGAUUCUCGUAUCUGAUUCAAUGUUUACGUUGUUAUAAAAUUAGUUAUGAAAAGUGAACUGCGCAAUUAAUUUAAACAAUUUUUUUUUCAUUUCAUGCGCACAAACACCGAAAUCAUAUUUCAUUAGAUUUAACUACUUCUUCUAUACCACUUGUUCUUUUGAAUGUAAUUCAGUUUGUUGUUUCACAAAUAUUUCGAUUUCUAAUGCUGGCCAUUUGUCUGUGAAGGCCUUCAGCUCCUUAUCAAUAUUGGGCUUUGAAAUAGAAGCACUUGGAUAUAGAAAGAGCACAUAAAAAGCUCAGUAUUUGUAAUUGAAAAAAAGACCAUGAAGACACACAAUGGUUAGAGAGUUGGUUCACAAUGCCUGUAAUUUAGUUCAAGCCUUCAUUACUUAAUUACUAAUUAGUGCUAAGAUUAUUAUUUUAAGAUAUUAUAGUAUUUCAAUUAUUUUUUAAGAACAUUAUAUUAUGCACUUUAUAUAAUUCAUGCAAUAAAUUGACACCAACAUUUCCAAGAUUUUGUGAUAAUAAUUUUGAGUCCAGCCAAAUGUUUCUUGCGCAAACCACAUUAUAGAUCAAUUUCAGAUCGGUCCUGCUGUAGUGCUAUAAAUACUAUUUUCAUUCAAAGAUCACAUUUUUGGUAGAGCAGUCCAUUUUCUUUUGAGGUAGUUUCAGUGGUAAUGAACACAUCAUAAUGUUGGAAUAGUUCAAAUUUCUACUAUUAUGGACUUUUCUAUGUUUGAAAGGUCCCAAAAGGUAUAUAACAUCUUUUCUGGACGAUAUAGAACAAUACUACAAUAAUAACCCUUAGAACAAUCCUUUUUAAGCAUAUUAAUGCUAAUUGUAUAUAUCUCACUACUGUCUGUUUUCUAUUACAUUGUAUAAUAGCAUGUUAAUAGUUUAUUUUUCUAUAUUGCUUGAUAAAGAACAUUUAUUGAAAUUAAUUAUUCAACUUGUAGCCGAUUAUAUAUCCUGCCUUUACUUUAUUUGCUUUUUAAUGGAAUUCUACUCUUAAUUCUAUCUCUCAAUGGUGUAAGGAGCCAAAAAGAAAAAAAAUGGUAUCUGCUAUUUGCAUUGGAACCCCAAUUUACAGGCUACUGAAAAUACCUGUCCUUAAAAACUCUGAUCACAGGCCCUCUGUAAAUGGUUGCCAACAGUUGGGAAACCCCAAUAUCUAUAUGCUGUUCAUGUUUAAUAGGUAGAAGCCAUGACAGAUAGGUCUACAUGACUCAUGACUUCUUUCAAUUAGCUUUUACAUUCUAUUGUCAUGGGUUGUAUACUACUAUGCCUUCACUAAUAUGAUAUUUGGCAUGCACAGUACAAAAAAAAUGAGAUAUUAUUAAGAACAUUUUGUAUCUUCUGUAUUAAUAUUAUUUUACCUCGUUACUUAACUACAUUGUGAAUCUAUUACCAAUUAUAUUGAAUAAAAAUAUAUCAAACAAUU